UAACCAUAGCAAUUUCCAUUCCUCAACACAUCUCCCUCUCUAUUCCCCCUCUCUUCUCCGCCCGUAGUCAAAUCAAAUCUCGCCGGAAAACUACCGGAACUUCAUCGGAAAAAAUGGAGGUCGAAGGAGAGAGAAAGCGUUUGGUACAGAUCUAUAUGAUACUAGGACUCUUACUGAGCUGCUACGUUUCGAAGCUAUCUGCUCUGUCCGUCACUGUAAACGAUGUCGAGUGUGUGUAUGAGUAUGUUCUUUACGAAGGCGAUACUAUUUCCGGUAAUUUCGUGGUUGUUGAUCAUGAUAUAUUCUGGAGCUCCGAUCAUCCCGGUAUCGAUUUCACCGUAACAUCUCCAGCAGGCAAUGUUGUCCACACUCAGAAAGGAACAUCUGGUGACAAGUUUGAAUUGAAAGCUCCCCGAAGUGGGAUGUAUAAAUUCUGUUUCCACAAUCCGUACUCAGCACCAGAGACUGUCUCUUUCUACAUUCAUGUUGGUCAUAUUCCAAGCGAGCAUAAUAUUGCGAAAGAUGAGCACUUGGACCCAAUCAAUGUCAAAAUUGCCGAGCUCAGAGAAGCACUGGAGUCUGUAACUGCAGAGCAGAAGUAUUUAAAAGCGCGUGAUACGCGUCAUCGUCAUACGAAUGAGAGCACUAGAAAGCGUGUCAUCUUUUAUACAUUGGCUGAGUACCUGAUGCUGAUAGUAGCCAGUGGGCUUCAAGUCGUAUAUAUUCGUAAGUUAUUCAGCAAGUCUGUGGGUUACAACCGUGUUUGAGAUGCGUACCUAUUUAUUUUCUGUUGCCGCUUACUAGAUUUAGAUAAGAAAGAAAGAGUUCACGAAAGGUUGCUUUGUUUUGUAGAUCUUUUUUUUCAUAUACUUUCUAUUCCUGGUUGUAUGUGAGGUAAAUAUGUUGCUAAAAGUUACAUCGACUAGUGUGACUGAUACUGUGUCAAUUUACAUGUACUUUUCUCUCCUUUGGAGGGAAGCAUUGCCUCAAUAGACGGAACUGAUUGUAGUACUUGGCAGAACAAACUCCAUCAGCCAUGUACAUCAUUCAUCUUAGAAAUAUCCCUUAAUAAUAGUUUACUAUAAUCGGUCAAAA